AGUGCAGCUCAAGCUUGUAUACAGACAAACGUUACGAAGUCACGCGAGAAUUCGUCGGCGUGUGUACUUUAACGUAACGUGACGUCACAUUGCCUGGCGGCGCUCACGUGACUCCACUUACAGCAACAGAAAAAAAAAAAAAUCCAAUAUGGAGGACAGAAUGAGGCCUAAGCGGCGACAUUUUCGCUAACAGACGAGCGAGGCUUUUAACAAGCGCGGCGGCCGCCAUGAGGGAAAGGCAGAAGAAAAAGAAGGGGAGGACGUGGGCGGAAGCCGCGAAGACGGUCCUGGAGAAAUACCCCAACACGCCCAUGAGCCAUAAAGAAAUCCUUCAGGUGAUCCAAAGAGAACGACUUAAGGAGAUAAGCGGAACGUCUCCAUUGGCGUGCCUGAACGCGAUGCUGCACACAAACUCCCGCGGCGAGGAAGGGAUGUUCUACAAGGUUCCGGGCAGAAUGGGCGUGUACACGUUAAAGGACAUCUCCGAGGUGGCAAAGGAGAUGUCUGAGGAGGCGUCCGACGACAGCAGUGACAACCUCUCUGACUCCCGGAGCAUAGAAAACGGCAACAACGGCGCCCAUCAGGAAGGCCGGAGAAGAAAGUGGAUGCGAAGAGUUCCCUCCAAGCUGCAGUCGCAGCCGCCGCCGCCGCCGUCGUCGUCGUCGCCUCCGCAGCCUCGCUCCUCGUCGCCGUCCGUGCCCGCCGCCAAGCUCAUCUCGCCCUCGCAGAAGCACAGCAAGAAAGCGCUCAAACAGGCCUUGAAGCAACAGCAACAGAGGAACCAGCGCAGACAGGGGGUGAUGCCGACCACCUCCAGUUCCAGACUGCUCCUGAAGACCAUCAAAGAUAUGGCUGACAAUAUCACCGCCAAAACCGAUCUUUGCCUGCCAGUCGUACCGAGGAAAGUUUCCCAGAGGUCAAGUCGUCUCAGUGCAGGGCACCUGAAACGCAACAGGUGUAAAAUAGACGUGGAGACGCCGGACUCCAUUUUGGUCAACACCAACCUGCGGGCGAUCAUCAACAAGCACACCUUCUCCGUCCUUCCGCCAGACUGCCAGCAGAAACUGCUGCGACUUCUCCCUGAAGUUGACCAGCAGGCCUGCGUGGACGGCCUCCUCAAGGUGACCAGCUCCGCCUUGAACAACGAGUUCUUCACGUCAGCGGCGCAGGCCUGGAAGGAACGGCUGGCUGAGGGUGAAUUCACUCCCGAGCUGCAGCUGCGAAUGCGCCAGGAGAUUGAGAAGGAAAAGAAGGUUGAGCACUGGAAGGAGGUCUUCUUUGAAAGCUACUAUGGUGAAAAUUCUGGACUGAGCUUCGAGGAAUCCAAAGAACUGACCAAGGUGGAUCUGAAAUGGGAGACAAAGCCGCAUGCGCCGGUGGGCGCCGUUAAAGCGUCGGAGGGAAUCAAAGCCGUCAAGAACCGCAACCGGGCGGACGGUGCGGGUGCAAAAUCGACGCCAACGCAGUCACCUAAACCGUCAAAACCAUCAUCGCUCCCCACCCCGGAACCCAUGAAGACCAGGCGCUCCCAGGAUCGCAAGAUGCAUGCGGCGCUUCAGUCCGCUCCAACCUCCGCGCCGCCGCCCAAUGAACGCGCCCCCGAGGUGACAUGCAUCGAGAAGAUCGAGAAAGACAAUCAACCAGAAGCAGAACUCCCCCAGUCUCCCGCCAGGACGAGCCCGCCACCGCAGGCAUCUGCGGUUAACCCACCCAAGGAGAUGAGGCCCCAGCCCGACGGGACCCCCGAAGACCAGAAAAGGAAGUCUCCCGGCGCGAGGGAGGACGAGGUGACGCCGGAGAAAAGGCCACGCUUGUCCUCAGUUUCCUCGCCGGCGUCUUCGGUUUCAUCCGUGUCCCCCCCGGAGUCGUCCAUACCGAGCCCCGCGACGCCCACGCCGACUGGCAACCCCAGAGUUCCACCACUCAAGAUCCCCGUGUCGAGAAUUCUUCCCGCCCCCGUGUCGCCCAGCCCCGUACCACCCAGGACGCCCCUCCCCUCCCCGGCUCGUACAGGUGCUCGCACUUUGGCCGACAUCAAGGCCAAAGCUCAGCUUGCGCGGGCCCAGCGAGCGGCCGCCGGCGCCUCCAAGCGAACCAUGCCGAUUCUCGCUCCAACAUCUCCAACAUCUCCACCAACCUCCGCCCGUUUAGCGGCACCCACUUACCCACAAGAUCCACUUGGUCCGCUCAGUCCAAGUCCCUGGAAACAGGACAGUACCUGUACUAGCACAGCCAGUGUGCAACCUCAGAAGCCGGCCCAGUCUCUCCAUGCCGCUAAGUGUCAGGACACCCUUUAUGGGUCAACCGGGACCAACUCGUGUAUCCCCGCUAACAACCCCCUGGUCACGAGGCUCCUGCAGGGAAAAGAGGUCCCCUUGGAGCAGAUCCUCCCGAAACCCCUCACCAAGACGGAGGUGAAGAUGAACACGUCUUAUUCAGGCGUCGAUGGUGGAGGCCCAGAGCCCCAGCAACAUGGCACCCAAAGAUUCUCCCUCCCCGACAACAACCCCAGACCCCACAGGGAACCCCCUGACAAGGACACCCAGGAGCAGAUUUUACAGACUCUCAUGGAGAGGAAAGUCCAAGCCGCAGACGGGGAAGGGCACCUGGACCGACCGUGGACUUCUGUCGGCUUCCUGGCUCGUAAGAGGACGCCCAGGCCCGCCAUGUCGGGUCACUACCUCCUCAACGUGUCCACCUACGGUCGGGGGUCGGAGAGCAAACGCUGUCACCAGGCCGCCAUCCCAAACGUGUGCGCUGUGAAAAGGGAAAGCGCAGACGGCGACGCGAAAGGGGAAGUGCCCGGAACCGAGAGCGAGGACGCGGGGGCCGGCGUCAAAACCGAACCGGGAUCGGAGUAUAACUCCGGCGGUACUGAUAGCAACCAAAAGCAACCCGAACCCCGCAACCGUGGGAGAUCCGAGCCAUAUCCGCUCUUAACAGACGGCGCUCACCAGCGCCAGAGGAAGUCCGUCCAUCAGGAACCCGCCGCUGCGCGUUACGGCGGAACCAUCAGCAUGUCCAUACCUCACGCUUUGAAACCCUCACCGCCCUCCUCGUCGGACGCCAGUAGCGUCAUGUCCUUCUCCGUAACGGUCACUACCAUACCAGCCGGGAACUCCUUGGACCACGGCGGCCAGAGUCAGACGUCGCCCGACGCGGCGUUCAUGGAGAGCGCCGCCAUGGACGACGGCGUGCAGUCCCAGUGCUACUGCAGGCUGAAGGCCAUGAUCAUGUGCAAAGGAUGCGGCGCUUUCUGCCACCACGACUGCAUCGGACCGUCGGAACUCUGCGUCUCGUGUCUGGUGGUACGAUGACGCCGUGUCCUUCGGGACGGCGAACGAACGGAUCUUUCUCGCAGGUAGUCAGUCGCCUUCUGAAUCUCGUUGCACCUUAGCGACGCCGCCGAGCGCCGACACAUCUACACUGGAUGCUCUUUUGCUCCGACAUAGAAAUCCAUUUUUUAAUCCAAUCCGUAGUCUUUUGCACUCGCUAGCAUUAGCACUCGCUAGCAUUAGCAUGAUAUAUUUUUUUAAAAUAUAUAUUUGUGUAGUUUUUAAACAAGGAGGGAACACGAAUGUGGCUAUUUUUGUAGAAGCUAUAGACUGUUGUGUUUUAGACUGACACUUUUUAAUAUUAAUAUCGGGCCUAAUAAUAAUAAUAAUCCACAAAAGGGUGCUGAUGAUAAUCAUAGUUUAUUUAAAAAAAAACUACAAAAACUUUAUUUGUCAAUUUAUGCACGCAUAGCAGGGAAGAAGUGCAAAUAUUUUGUAUUUACAGUCCAAACUUCUCGAAGAAUCAUGUAUAGUUUUAGAGAUUUCAAAGGAAUUUUCUAAGGUAUACUUUAUAAUAAUCGAGAUUGAUGAUUUUUGUGAGAAAAUUUUCUCACAAUUUUUUUUUUCGCCAAGGAAUCAUUUUUAGAUAUUCAAAACUCCAAAAAGCAAAACUUAUUUUUGUGACACGUACUUAGUCCAUGUUAGUCCACCUUUAGACCAAUACUCAUCUUUGUACUUAUUCAGGAUUAUCUGGGAGGGGGGGGGGGGGGGUGUCCAAAGUGCGGCCAGGAAGCCAUUUGAAAAAAAACAAAAAACAAACAUAUGU